AUGGUAUUCCCGAAUUUGGACCAUUGCGGCCCUUCCUCUGAUUCUGUCAAAUUAGUUGUCAUUUAUUCAGUUUGUUUUACCAAAGAACAAGGUUUCCUUGCUGCCUACAGUCUUUUUUAUGCUAUAGGGGGCAACCGAGCAGACGGCCUACCUGAUGGAGGUAGUACCGUCGCCUACGGACAUCGACAGCGUAGAUUUGGGGUUGGGUUGCCACCCUCGAUUAGGGAAGAGGGGGAGGAAAAAGUGGGAAAGGGAAAGAAAAGGGAAGGGGGUUUCGUGUCCGUCAUGGAGGCUAUAUUUAAUAAGGCGAAAUGGUUUGGUAUUCCAACAUACGGAGGUAAUUUGGCAGUUUUCUGGACAAUAGUCAUGCUUGCAACGCUGUCUAUAAUAGAAGUUGCAGCUGUAUGGAAAUUGGCCCGACUUCUGACAAAAUCUGCUGGUCGUAAUGUGUCAGCAACACUCUCUGGAUCCAUUUUUUAUGGAAAUGCUCUGCUUUCAUUGAUGAUUUCUUGGAAGUUUGUUAAAUCAUGGAAAUCAUCAACAAGCUACUGGAUACGAAUAGAAUCAAGGGCUAGUUUUCUUUUACCGAAUAGUUCUAUUAGAAGAAAAGUAAAUUUUGUUAGUCUUUUUGUAGCUAUCUCAGCAACUGUGGAGCACAUUCUAAGCAUGAUAUCAGCUACAGGCGCAGAUUGCCCUCCUGAAGAUUAUUUCGAGCGGUAUAUAUUAACAUCGCACGGAUUUUUAAUACAUGAUUACGAAUAUUCUUUGUGGCUGGCUAUACCAAUAUUUAUUAUGAGUAAAUCUGCAACCAUACUUUGGAACUUCCAAGACCUUAUCAUAAUCCUUAUGAGCAUGGGUCUGUCGUCUCGUUAUCACAGACUCAACAAUUUUGUCAAAGAAGUUGUAGAAUCCGAGAACGAGGUCUUGGCUGUGAAAAAAUUGGCCACAGGUUUUCACCUUCGAGUAGACGUGUGGCGACGUAUCAGACAAGCUUUCGUUCAGCAAUCAGCGCUUGUACGUAAAGUUGAUACAGAGCUCGGAGCGCUUAUACUGUUGUCCAACUUGAAUAAUCUGUAUUUCAUAUGUUUGCAGCUGUUUUUGGGUAUAAGAUCUAUAGAGGGCACAUUAAUAAACAGGAUUUAUUACUUUUACUCAUUGGGUUGGUUGCUUUUGAGAGCUAGUAGCGUUGUGUUGGCAGCUGCCGAAAUCAACCUCCACUCGCAAAAGGCAUUGCCGUUCCUUUCUUCAUUUCCUACCUAUGCUUAUAACAUCGAGAUAAAAAGACUUAUAUCCCAGUUGAAUAACGAUCAAAUAUCUCUUAAUGGUAUGGGAUUUUUUGCUCUGAAACGACAGAAGCUUUUAGAGGUUUGUUCAUUUUUGUUAUGA